AUGCAGUUACUGAACACUGAGCAUUGGAAGAGCCGGGCGGCCCUCUGCGGCGAGUGCCGGCCCGCGGAGGGGCUGGAGCCGAGGGAGCGGUUACCUUUGAAGAUUGACAUUAUUAAACACCCAAAUGAAACAGAUGGCAAAAGCACUGCUGUGCAUGCUAAGCUCCUGGCACCUGAUGAUGUUACAAUUUAUAAAUACCCUUGCAUUCCAGAAUACGAAGAAAAAAGACAUGAAAUAGCACUUAUAUUUCCAGGCCCCAAUUCAGUUUCAGUAAAAGAUAUUGCUUUCCAUCUCCAAAAAAACGCUAAGAAAGGUGUUUGUAAUAAUGACGACGACUGUUCCAGAGAGCCAUUUCUUAAGCAAGCAAAGAUAGAACCUAAAGAAGAAGAAAAAAAUCUAAAUGAAUGCAUCUCAAGCAACAGGAGUGAAGGCGCUAGACUGAAGAAAAUAAUAUUUAUUGACAGUACCUGGAAUCAAACGAACAAAAUAAUAACCGAUGAACGACUUCAAGGGUUACUGCAAAUUGAGUUGAAGACAAGGAAAACUUGCUUUUGGCGUCAUCAGAAGGGAAAGCCAGAUACGUACCUUUCCACAAUAGAAGCAAUUUAUUAUUUCCUUGUGGACUAUCAUCAGGAGAUUUUGAAAGAGAACUACAAAGGAGAAUAUGAUAAUCUGCUUUUUUUCUUUUCAUUUAUGUACACAUUGAUUAAAAAUGCCAAGUGUUGUGCAGGAAAAUAGUAAGAUAUCUGUCUAUAGAUCACUGGUGUUGCAAUAGGAUGUUUAGAAACAUACCACAGAAGAGUGAACAGAAGAGAAUGCUCCACACUAAUAUACCCAAGAUUGAGUCCUACCUGACCUAUGAUCCUGUGCGCUUCACUUCCCUUACCUGCAAAGUUAAUUUCUGCCUCUGAAUAACAUGUCUCCACAUAUGAAGCUGAGCCCAUAAGCCAGUUGAACUCAGCAGGAAAUUUAAAGGCUGAGUAUUAUUACUUCAAAGAUUCUGAUGGUACAAUUUCUGGGUUUCCAACAACAGGGGUAGAAGAGCUAUACAGAAGUAUGUGUACAUGCGUAAAUAUGAAUAUAUACCUCCCUCCUAGCGAUAAAUGCAUUAAGGACACAAGCCAAAGAUUUUCUUCUAUGAUGUUUCUGUCUUCGCGAACAUAAAGACAAAGAAAAAUCGAAGUGUGGUAUCAGAGUUUACAAAAUCAAAGAAUAAACUGUUAUAUGUACAGAGCAAAUGUAUACUUCAGAUACAGACAUAUCUGCGUACAUUAACAGGCUCAGCUAUAAGUAGUUUGACCAGGAAUUCAUUUAAGUUUGGAUGCACUAUCCAGCACAAGUGCUAUAUUAUCCUUCCAAACAAUACACUGGAAAAACAAAUAAUCUUUCAUACCUUUUCACUAUUCUGAAUAUUGCUGCUAAUGAGUCUAGUGUAGCUCCCUACUCUUGUCUCAUAAAGGAUCAUGUUUUCUUUGCAUCUCCAAGCAGCACUGAAGUAUUAGAUUUGUAAUAAAAAAGCUACCCAAUGCUGCAAACCCAACUCCCUGCAUUAAAGUUAAGCACAUCCAUCCAGGCUUAACAGGGCAUGCCAAAACAGGCCAAAGGGGUAAACAGGUUAUUCCAAAACAAUUAAAAGAGUAAAACUGAGAAAAAAAAUAAAUUAGAGAGUGUUGAACUACAUGGAAAUUCUGACUCACCUGCACAGAGGAAAUGCCAUGGAUCGUGCUCCGCCAUUUGUUUAGCAGAGAAGAGGGGAAAGGAGCAAAAGCGCACCAACCCUGGCACUGAGGAAAACGCAUUUCCCUCAAGUAAUCAUGUGCAUGAACACCUACAGUGAACAUGCACAUUUAUUACCCUUGAUGAAAAAUUGAUUUUAUGUAUAAUGCAACGUGAUGUUUUCUUUGCUGUCUUUUGAUUACUUACUGGAGAAUAAAAUAA